CCUUAUCGUUCGUAUCAUUCGCCCUUGGAAAUUUUCUAGAAUUAGGUACGUGCCGUGCGUCCAAUCCGUACCUUUAAACUUCCUCUCUCCUUUAACCAUCACAACGCCCCACUACGAAACGAAAACUGCGGCUGUUCAACUUGUUGUGAUCCCGGUUCAUUACCUCGUUACCAUUUCUUCUCUUUGAUAUGAUUUGUGGCUUGUACCUCUGAUUAUCAAUAAGAUGUUGCGUAACGCGGUGAAAGGUGCAGCUAGGAAAGCUGCAACAGAGCUGUCCCAGUACCCGAAGCCCGGAGAGAAACUCCAUGGUUUUACUUUGUUAAGGACAAAGCAUGUACCAGAGCUAGAGCUAACUGCGCUACAUUUGCGACACGACAAGACCGGCGCAGAUUAUCUACAUAUUGCUCGAGAUGACAGCAACAAUGUAUUCUCGAUCGGCUUCAAGACGAACCCCCCGGAUGAUACCGGUGUUCCGCAUAUUCUUGAGCACACGACACUAUGUGGUAGCCAGAAGUAUCCCAUACGAGAUCCUUUCUUUAAGAUGCUGCCUCGAACCCUGUCCAACUUUAUGAAUGCCUUCACUGCUUCCGAUCACACCUACUAUCCCUUUGCUACGACCAACGCCCAAGACUUUCGUAAUUUGAUGUCGGUAUAUCUUGACGCGACCCUUUACCCUCUAUUGAAGGAGACAGAUUUUACCCAGGAAGGUUGGCGUAUCGGGCCUGAAAACCCCAGAGUUGCAGAGAAGGGUGGAGAGGCAGAUGCUGAGGAGAGCAAGCUGGUCUUCAAGGGUGUUGUCUACAACGAGAUGAAAGGACAAAUGUCCGAUGCAGGCUACCUAUUUUAUAUCCGCUUCCAAGACCACAUCUUCCCGGCCAUCCACAACUCCGGAGGCGAUCCACAGAAGAUUACUGAUCUGACAUAUGAGCAGCUACGCAAGUUUCAUGCCGAGCACUACCAUCCCAGCAAUGCGAAGCUUAUAACUUACGGCGAUAUGCCAUUGACCGACCAUCUCAAGGAAAUCGACGCCCAGAUGCAAGCAUUCGAGAAGAUUCAGGCAGACAUUGAACAUAAAAAACCUAUCGAUCUUAGUGAUGGGCCACGUUCAGUUACAGUAUUUGGCCCGAUCGACCCCCUCGCUGAUCCGGAAAAGCAAUUCAAAACAUCGGUGUCGUGGAUCACUGGUGAUACCACCAAUGUGCUAGAGUCAUUUUCCAUAGCUCUGCUCUCAUCUCUGCUAAUGGAUGGAUAUGGGUCUCCGCUGUACAGGGGGCUCAUCGAGAGCGGGAUCGGUACUGAUUGGAGUCCAAAUUCUGGUUAUGACGGAUCAGCAGCGACGGGCAUCUUCUCCAUUGGUUUAACUGGCGUCGAUGAGGCUAACGUCAAGACGGUCAAGGAUCAUAUUCAGAGGAUUCUGCGGGAAAUUCGCGAUAAGGGUUUCGAAAGAACAAAGAUUGAAGGAUAUCUCCAUCAGCUUGAGUUGAGUCUCAAACAUAAAACCGCCAAUUUUGGUCUUUCAGUGUUACAUCGCCUGAAGGGGAAAUGGUUUUCUGGCACCGAUCCCUUCGAUUCUCUAGCAUGGAACGAUACAGUUGCGGCUUUUGAAGCAAAACUUGCUGAGGGGAGUUACCUAGAAGGACUGAUGGAUAAGUACCUCCUCAACGACAACACGCUUACGUUUACAAUGGCUCCUUCGGAAACAUACGGCGAAGAGAUUGCCCAAGAAGAGAAUGACAGGCUGCUAGCUAAAAUUUCCGAAGCAGCUCAACAAGCUGGCGGGGAACAAGAGGUUCGAAAGUUUCUCGAGCAGCGAGAACUUGAUUUACUCGCUGAGCAAAACAAGUCCAAUACGGAAGAUCUAAGCUGCCUACCGACUGUUCACGUCAAAGACAUUCCAAGACAGAAGGAGCCUGUGAUCGUAAGAGAUGAAGUGGCACACGGCACUACUAUUCAGUGGCACGAGGCUCCUACAAAUGGCCUUACUUACUUCCGAGCCAUCAACACAUUUGAAAAUCUACCAGAUGAGCUCCGUUCCUUAGUUCCAUUAUUUACAGACUCUAUUAUGCGGCUGGGAACAAAGGAUAUGACGAUGGAACAGCUCGAGGAUCAAAUCAAGCUUAAGACAGGGGGUGUAUCUGUUAGCUAUCUGUCGACCGCAUCGCCAACAGAUUUCCGCCAGGCAUCUGAGGGCAUUCUAUUACGGGGUAUGGCACUCGAUCGUAAUGUACCCGAAAUGUUCGAUCUACUACGGAAACUCAUCCUGGAGACCGACUUUGACAAGCCAGAGGCAGCUCUUCGGAUAAGGCAAUUACUCGAAGCCGCAGCAGAUGGAGUGGUAAACGACAUUGCUUCAUCCGGUCAUUCAUACGCCCGAAGGUAUGCUGAGUCAAAUUUGACACGUGAAGGUUACCUCGCCGAGCAAGUAAGCGGUUUAACGCAAGUUAAACUCAUCACAUCACUGGCUGGGCGACCACAGUCAGACAAGUUCGAAGACAUAAUCGAGAAACUAAAGCGAAUACAGAGAUUUGCGUUGGCCGGUACCAACAUUCGUACAGCGUUAACAUGUGGAUCCGACAGCGUUCAAGCCAACUCUUCAGCAUUGUCCCGGUUUAUGGCGUCUAGAUCAACUGACCCUGUAAGGUUUCCCGCUGCCGAAAAACAGACAUUUGCGAGAGAUAUCAAAGCAUUUUUCCCGCUUCCUUACCAGGUGUACUAUGGUUCUCUGGCGCUUCCAACUACCUCCUAUACGUCAUCGCAGGGUGCACCACUUCAAAUUCUAGCGCAACUUCUAACUCAUAAGCACCUCCACCAUGAAAUCCGUGAAAAGGGUGGUGCUUAUGGAGGUGGUGCUUAUAUGAAGGGGCUCGAAGGAAUAUUCGGGUUUUACUCGUACCGAGAUCCAAACCCGCAGAACACACUUUCUAUCAUGAAAAAUGCCGGCCGGUGGGCAGUCGACAAGGAAUGGACCGAUCGAGACCUUGAAGAGGCGAAGAUAUCGGUUUUCCAGAGCGUCGAUGCACCCAAAUCUGUAAGUGCAGAGGGGAUGCUGCGAUUCAUGUCUGGCGUCACAGAUGAGAUGCAGCAGAAGAGACGUGAACAGCUUUUGGAUGUUUCUAAGGACCAAGUCCGAGACGCCGCGCAGAAGUACAUUGUUGACGCUCUAGCAAAGGGAGAAGAAAGGAUCGCUUUCCUCGGGAAGAAACAGGAUUGGGUGGAUGACACCUGGAAGGUAAACGAGAUAAACGUGAAUGGUGCCGAGUAACGACAGAAAACGACGUACGAACGAUAGAUGUAAAAAUUGGCUGUACAAUAUCUGUGCAUACAUAUACCCUUCUCUUAUGAAUUAGACGAGUUGUAUAUAGCCCCAGCACUUGUAGUCUGGGCUACACCGGCUCUUGAGCAAUCGGUCACCCAGUGAAACGGCAUAUCCAGCAGCAUAUCAUUCAUUGUAGAAACUUGUUUCAGCGUUCAGAUACGAUACGUCUUCUUGCCUGGUGUCUCCCCCGGAGACUCCACCGUGGCAUGAAGACCACAACAAGACGCGAGAUCAAAAUAUUGUCCGAGGUAAGGUCUGCAGACGGCAUGCCUCGAGGGGCUGCUAGUCGCAAGAACCGACCUCGCGCUCGUUCUUUCAGACUCGGAUUCCUUAAAUUUAGGAUUCUGGACUAUAGAACAGAGUACAUGCUUGAUAUAUAUCUAUUUUAUAUAUACCUUAGGUACCUAUGUAGGUACCUAACAUAGUACGUAUGUCCCAUCGCUACACGUAAAGCAAAAAUUAUUUUGGCUACCACAUCCUCCCACAAACCCGCAAAGUCUUGGGGGACAUGAUGGAAAGAAAGACAAAAAGAUAUGCGUGACAAGAGUGGGACUUGAACCCACGCGGAUUGCUCCAUGAGGAUGUAGGAAUUAAGGUGACCUUAACCUCACGCCAUAACCAACUCGGCCAUCUUGCC